AUGAGCCUCUCACCCAGCGAACCACCGAGCAAUGAUGCACAUACACCCGAAACGACGGCUGAGGCGCAGCCGGACGAAGAUUCUCUUCGGAGCUGGUUUUGGGCACCACCUCUACAGAGUCCCCAAGAACAACCCAUUUAUAUUGCCUGCGGAAUCGCCAACAUUUUGGUGCCUUGUGGAGUAGGAGCUAUAAUCAGCGGAUUGGUUACGAAGAAGCGUUUGCUGCUACGUUCAGGUCUGCUGCAGCUGCUGCUAAUAUUCGUCGGCGUAGGAGCUAUUUGUUCUAUCGUAUACGGCGUUAGCAUGCUUAUGGCAGCAGCAGCAGUAGCAUCAGCAGCAGCAACAGCAACAGCAGCAGACGAAGAAGACAAGGAAGCACCACUUGAGCCGCAGGAGAUACAGCAGCAGGAGCAGCAGCAGGAACAACAGCAGGAUCAGCAGCAGGAGCAGCAGCAGGAAGGCCAUGGAGAGCAGCAGCAAGACGAACAAAUCGAUCAGCAAAGCAGCGAAGAAUCUCUACAAAGACACAUCACAGAAGACCCAAUACCAUAUACAGGCCUCCAAUCAAGAGUGCAGCAUCAGCAGCUGCAGCGCGCCGAUCUCUGCAUUCUCCCCUCAGAAGACUUCGUGCAGUAG